AUGCAGGAGAUGAUUUUUUGGUGGCACGGAUACAACAGCGCUUCUUACAGAGAGGGUAAUGGCCGAGCUUUUACAGAUGCUGAUGUGAUUAAAUUGCCCUACUUAGAAGCCAUUGUGAAAGAAACAUUGAGAUUGCAUCCAAUUGGGCCCCUUCUUUCUUGGGCCCGUUUGUCCACGUCAGAUGUCCAGCUCAGCAAUGGAAUGAUGGUCCCAGCCAACACCACAACAAUGGUGAACAUGUGGGCCAUAACUCAUGACCCUAAAGUGUGGCACGAGCUACUUGUGUUCAAGCCAGAGAGGUUUAUGCAGAGUGAAGGAGGGGUUGAAGUUGAUGUUAGAGGUUUCAACCUUAGACUCGCACCAUUUGGAGCUGGACGUAGGGUUUGCCCGGGUAAGAACCUAGGCCUUGUGUCUGUGAGCCUUUGGGUGGCUAACUUGGUCCAUCGAUUUCAUUGGUUUCAAGACAUGGCUAACCCAGUUGACCCAGCCGAGGUUCUUAAGCUAUCUUGUGAGAUGAAGAACCCCCUCAUAGCUGUGGCUUCCCCAUGUUUACUAAUUAAAGCUCAAGAUAUUUUUCUAAGAUAUAUAUGCAAUAGCAUUAUAGUAACAUUUUCUUUCAUGAAAAUGUCGUGCAGCAAGAAUAUUUUCUUCCAAAUUCUAUGGUGUUUUUCCUUUAUCAGUCUUAGUUCCCAAACACAGCGUCAUUACAGUUUUGUUGUUAGAGAAGCCCAGUAUACAAGACUUUGUUCCACAAAAAGCAUAUUGACUGUGAAUGGAAACUUUCCAGGACCAACUAUUAGAGUCAACGGAGGAGACACAAUCUUCGUUGAUGUUUACAACAAGGGCAACUACAAUAUUACUUUACACUGGCAUGGAGUGAAGCAGCCAAGGAAUCCAUGGACAGAUGGUCCUUCAUACAUCACUCAGUGCCCCAUCCAACCCGGAAUGAAAUUCAGACAAAAGUUAGUUUUUUCUUUCGAGGAAGGGACCAUAUGGUGGCAUGCUCAUAGUGAAUGGAUAAGAGCCACUGUCUAUGGUGCUAUCUAUGUCUAUCCGACCAAGAAUACUCCCUACCCUUUUCCUCAACCUGAUGCUGAGAUUCCAAUCAUAUUUGGAGAAUGGUGGAUGAAUGAUGUCAACGAGGUCUUCAGACAGUCUUUUGAAACUGGAGGAGCCCCAAACGUAUCUGAUGCUCUCACUAUAAAUGGUCAACCUGGGGAUCUCUUCCCUUGCUCAAUGCCAGAAACGUUCAAGUUAAAUGUGGAGCAAGGCAGGACUUAUCAUCUCCGAGUUAUUAACGCAGCAAUGAAUCUCAUUCUCUUCUUCUCCGUUUCCCAACAUAACCUCACUGUUGUUGGUGCUGAUGCUGUGUACACCAAGCCAUUGACAAGGGAUUACAUUUGCAUAUCACCUGGACAAGCAAUGGAUGUGUUGUUGCAUGCCAACCAAGAACCUAAUCAUUAUUAUCUAGCUGCGAGGGCAUACUCAAGUGGGAUUGGUGUUGCCUUUGAUAACACCACAACCACUGCUAGAAUAGAGUACAGUGGCAAUUACACUCCACCUUCAUCCCCUUCAUUGCCAAACCUCCCCAACUUUAAUGAUACACAAGCAGCUUUGGAAUUCAUUACAAACUUGAGAGGCUUACCAGAGAGAUACCCCACCCCGGUCCCAACAAACAUCACAACUCAAAUACUGACCACUAUUUCUGUCAACACUUUGCCAUGCCCUAAUGGCAGAAACGACUGUCAGGGACCAAAUGGAACCAUUUUCUCUGCUAGCAUGAACAACAUAAGUUUUCAAAACCCCAACAUUGACAUUCUCAAAGCCUAUUACUACCAUAUCAAUGGGGUAUAUGAAACGGGAUUUCCCAGAUUCCCACCUUUUAUAUUUAACUUCACUGCAGAUUUUUUGCCUCUAACAUUGAAUAUACCAAAGCAAGGGACUAGGGUUAAUGUGCUGAACUAUGGUGCAAUAGUUGAAAUUGUUUUCCAAGGAACAAACGUUGUUGGAGGGAUAGACCAUCCUAUACAUCUCCAUGGGUACAGUUUCCAUGUUAUUGGAUAUGGAUUAGGCAAUUUUAACCAAAGUAAAGAUCCCAUGAAUUUCAAUCUGGUUGAUCCUCCUUAUUUGAAUACGGUGAUUGUGCCAAUAAAUGGCUGGGCUGCCAUUAGAUUCGUGGCUGUAAACCCUGGGGUAUGGUUUAUGCACUGCCAUCUAGAACGACAUCAAUCUUGGGGCAUGGAGACAGUUUUUAUAGUGAAGAAUGGAAACUCUCCAAGUCAAAUAUUGCCAUCACCGCCGCCAGACAUGCCCCCAUGUUGA